AUGAUAUUGGACGGGAUCGGAGACGAAGAGAAAUGGCUGGCAGAAGGAAUCGCCGGCAUUCAACAUCAUGCCUUUUACAUGCAUCGUGCUCUGGACGCGAACAAUCUCAGAGACGCUCUCAAAUACUCGGCCCUGAUGCUGUCUGAGCUCCGAACCUCGAGGCUUUCGCCUCACAAAUACUACGAUCUCUAUAUGCGAGCCUUCGAUGAAUUGAGGAAGCUGGAGAUGUUCUUCAAGGACGAGAGCAGACAUGGUGUUUCGAUUGUUGAUCUCUACGAACUUGUUCAGCAUGCUGGCAACAUCUUACCGAGAUUGUAUCUCCUAUGUACGGUAGGUUCUGUGUACAUUAAAUCUAAGGAAGCACCUGCCAAGGAUGUGCUUAAAGAUCUUGUGGAAAUGUGUCGUGCCAUUCAACAUCCAAUGCGUGGGCUCUUUCUAAGAAGCUAUCUUUCUCAAGUCAGUAGAGAUAAGUUACCUGAUAUUGGUUCUGAGUAUGAAGGAGAUGCUGACACUGUCAUGGAUGCUGUAGAUUUUGUGCUACAGAAUUUCACAGAGAUGAAUAAGCUUUGGGUUCGAAUGCUUUAUCAGGGACCUGGUCGGGUGAGAGAGAAGCAUGAAAAGGAAAGAAGUGAACUUCGUGAUCUUGUUGGGAAAAAUCUACAUGUUCUCAGUCAGAUAGAGGGCGUGGAACUUGAAUUGUACAAAGACACUGUUCUUCCCAGAGUAUUAGAACAGGUUAUCAACUGUAAAGAUGAGCUGGCCCAAUAUUAUUUGAUGGAUUGCAUAAUCCAGGUCUUUCCAGAUGAGUACCACUUGCAGACACUGGAGACAUUAUUGGCUGCAUUCCCCCAGCUUCAGCCAACAGUUGAUAUCAAGACUGUGUUAUCUCAAUUAAUGGAGAGGUUAUCAAAUUAUGCUGCGUCAAGCACAGAUGUAUUACCUGAAUUUCUUCAAGUGGAAGCCUUCUCUAAAUUAAGCAGUGCUAUUGGGAGGGUGAUAGAAGCACAGAUUGACAUGCCUAUUGUUGGAUCCAUAUCUCUUUAUGUCUCUCUUCUUACAUUUACACUCCGUGUUCAUCCUGAUCGCCUUGAUUAUGUGGAUCAAGUACUGGGAGCAUGUGUUAAGAAGCUAUCUGGAACAACCAAGCUUGAAGACAAUAGAGCCAUAAAACAGGUUGUUGCGCUGUUAAGUGCUCCCUUGGAAAAAUAUGAUGACAUUGUUACAGCCCUCACACUUUCUAAUUAUCCUCGAGUUAUGGAUCAUCUUGAUAAUGGAACAAAUAAAGUCAUGGCAGUGGUCAUUAUUCAAAGCAUUAUGAAAAACAAUUCUUGUAUCUCCACUGCUGAUAAGGUGGAGGUGUUGUUUGAAUUAAUUAAAGGACUCAUCAAGGAUUUGGAUUGUACUUCUGCAGAUGAGCUUGAUGAGGAGGAUUUUGGAGAGGAACAAAAUUCUGUUGCUCGCCUUAUACACAUGCUUUAUAAUGAUGAUCCAGAGGAAAUGUUAAAGAUCUUAUGUACGGUCAAGAAGCACAUAAUGAGUGGAGGACCAAAGCGCCUACCUUUUACUGUUCCUCCUCUUAUAUUAUCUGCACUCAAGUUGGUUAGGCGGCUGCAAGGUCAGGAUGGAGAGGUAGUCGGAGAAGAGAUGCCUGCCACACCGAAGAAAAUUUUUCAGAUUUUAAAUCAGACUAUUGAAGCUCUUUCCUCAGUUCCAUCUCCUGAACUGGCGUUAAGGUUGUACUUGGAAUGUGCUGAGGCUGCUAAUGACUGUGAUCUUGAACCUGUUGCUUAUGAAUUCUUCACUCAGGCAUUUGUAUUAUAUGAAGAAGAAGUUGCGGAUUCCAAAGCCCAGGUGACUGCAAUACAUCUCAUUAUUGGGACUCUCCAGAGGAUGAAUGUAUUUGGCGUUGAGAACAGGGAUACUUUAACACACAAGGCCACAGGGUAUUCAGCAAAGCUUUUGAAGAAACCUGAUCAGUGCCGAGCGGUGUACGCAUGUUCACAUCUUUUUUGGGUUGAUGAUCAGGAUGGUGUUAAAGAUGGAGAAAGGGUCUUGCUUUGUUUAAAGCGUGCCUUGAGAAUUGCAAAUGCUGCUCAACAGAUGGCCAGCGUAACUCGGGGUAGCAGUGGGCCAGUCACGCUUUUUGUUGAGAUACUGAACAAGUACCUCUACUUCUUUGAGAAAGGAAACCCCCAGAUUACAAGUGCUGCAAUCCAGGGAUUGGUGGAGUUAAUUAAAACUGAGAUGCAAAGCGACUCUGCAAAUGUGAGUCCAGCCCCAGAUGCUUUUUUCAGCAGCACAUUGCGGUACAUACAGUUCCAGAAACAGAAAGGUGGGGUAAUGGGCGAGAAAUAUGCCCCUAUCAAGGUCUGA